UUCAAAACUGAGCCAUCAGAAACACUUAAAAUGCCAAAAUUAGCUGCCUUUUGAUAAGCACUUUUACCUGAAGAGACACAGAGAGAUGGCGGUGUUCGUGAGAUCGAAGCGAGUCACUGACCCGCUCGAUGAUAGAGUGAAAGCGCGAAUCGUCGGCCGUGACUCAGUCCCCGUCAGCAGCGGCAGUAGCAGCGACGCCGAGGAAGACUCGCCGUGCCUCUCCGAUCUCGUCUACGGUUUCCUUGAGGACUGCGCCGAAGCUCAAACGUCCGAGAUGGAAUUGGGUUCCGAGAACGACGAUGACGACUCUUCGCCGUUCGAUCCCACAGAGGUGGUUGCGUCUCUGCUUUAUCCGACGGCCAAUGUCGAUCGGUACCGUACAUUGCUUUUCUCGCAUGUCUCCAAGGCCGUGGGCUCGCUCUCGUGUCCGAGAUCAAACAAGGCGGCGAUCCGGCGGAGUGUCGCGGCGGUGCUCAGAGAUCUCGGCCACAAUGCGGCGGUGUGCCGCACCAAAUGGGACGGCUCGGGCGGGCUCACCGCCGGGAACUACGAGUUUAUCGACGUCCUCAGAUCGGAGAAACGCUACAUCGUGGACCUCGACUUCGCCGGCGAGUUCGAGAUCGCAAGACCGACCGAUCAGUACAAGCGUCUCAUCCAAACACUGCCUAGGGUUUUCAUCGGUAAAAGCGAGGACUUAAAGAAGAUCGUGAAGCUAACGUGCGACGCGGCUAAGAGAUCGCUGAAGAGCAGAGGGCUUCACCUGCCACCCUGGAGGAAGAAUCGAUACAUGCAGAACAAGUGGUUCGGGCCUUGCCGGCGUACCGCCACACCAAGCCCGCCUCUAGCGCCGGCAUCAACGGAGUUCACCGUGAAAUGCCGGUCAGUGGGGUUCGACGCCGUUUCGGACGGCCGUUUCUUUGUGCGUACAAGAUGAUCAUAAUCCUUAACGAAAAAUAAAAUAUUGUAAAUAUUGGUUGUAUCGUUUGCUGAUUCGAGAACGCGGCAAAUCCACAUCGUGUUGGAGAGUGGUUGGUGUAUAGCACGUGAGUACAGUGAACAGAUUGUGAUAAAAUCUGAAUCGUUGAGUUAUUAGGAUGGGAUAGAUGUGACUAAUGAUGGGAGAGGAGCAGUGGAUUGGGACGCCGGGUGUGUACAGUUGGGAAGAGCGGUGGAGUGAGGGACACAGGAAGGAAAAGAAGGUGUUUGGAUAAUGUAUUAAAUUGGAAAAAUAGGAGAGUGGAUAAGAUAUGUCCAGGGCCAGCGAUGGCAGGUGAAGUGGUUUACAGAGCCUUCAAACUGAACUCCAUCCAUUCAGUCAAGAGCCAGACCCUAUUUCCCAUGUCUUCCAGAGUAUUCCAUUUGCUUCUUGGAUUCAUAUGUUUUCACCCUCACUCAUUACACGCAUGGACGGUUCAAAUCACUCCCAUAUGGUCUUCUUUUGAGCCUAAAAACGCUCUCCUAAAUUAUUACCAAACAUACUUUAUUUUUUA